AUGUCUACCUUGAAAUUUUCUUUCAUAUUUUCCAUUUUCCUCUUUCUUUUUCACAGCUCAACUCAAUUUUGUGUAAAGCAAUAUUGUGGAAACCCUAACUCAGGUCUUCUUUUUGAGUUCCCUUUCGUAUUAAGACAAGAAUAUCAAAUUUUCAAUCAUCAAAGUGAUCGAUGUGGAUACCCAGGGUUUGAAAUUCAUUGCAAGGAUAAUAAACAAGCCUUGAUUAAACUCUCAAAUGAUAGAAAUUUUGAAGUCAAAAGCAUUUCCUUUGAGACACAAAGAGUUUGGGUCAAAGGUCCCAAUGAUUGUCCACCACAAAGGUUCCUUGAAAACAAAAACAUCAACGAUGAUUCACCUUUUGUAUGGGGCAACUCUUUUCAUAGUCAUUAUGAAAAUGUAACAUUUCUCAAUUGUAGUAGUACUAAUCCAGUGAUUGAUGAUCUUCCAAAUAUACCUUGUAUGAGCAAUGAAAAUUACUCGAUUAUGUAUACGUUGCAAUCAUCUCUUGCUAAUUCGUUGAAUACAACUUGUCAUGAGAUUGGUUUUGCUGAGGUUCCUGUCAAAGAUAACUCACAGGAACCAUUGGUAAUCAUGGAAGGACUUUACUCUGAUGCAUUGUUGCGAUGGAAUACACCUUCUUGUGGUUGUGAACCUGAUCGAUUCUGUGGCUUUUUAAAUGAAACGGGUCUUGAUGUUACUUGUUACAGCUACGUUCUUGAUUUCCCAGUUGGAAAUCCUUCAACUCAAAGGCAUAAAAAGUAUAACUUUUUUCCGGUACUUUGGGGAGUAUUAGGAACUUUCUUCUUCAUCUGUUGGGUAUUUUUAUCCAUAUGUAAAGAUAGACAGCAAAAUCAUAUUCAACAAAGACAAACUAUUACAAACAUAGAACCAAGUAAUCAAGAACCUCCUUGGUUUGUGUCUGGGCUUGAUAGAUCAAGGAUAGAGCAAUAUCCAAAGAUUCAACUAACAGAAAGUGGACAAUUAUCUAAGUCAAUUGACAAUGUUUGUUCUAUAUGUCUUAGUGAGUAUAAGCCUAUGGAGACAUUAAGGAGUAUACCCCAAUGCAAUCAUCAUUUUCAUAUUGAUUGCAUAGAUGUUUGGCUCAAGAUGAAUGCUACGUGUCCUUUAUGUCGAAAUCUGCCAGGAUUAUGA